AUGGCGCCGGAUGGCGGGGGGAAACGCAGCGAGUCGACCGUCGAAAAGGAACUUCAGCAGAUUGAUUUCUACAGAGAUACGCCCAUUCGAUUCCUAGGAUACGCUAAUGAAGUCGGUGAAGCCUUUCGGUCUAUGAUCCCAUCGGUGGCCGUCAAGGCCACGUACGUCGUUGCAAUGGGUUACGUUUGCGCCGAUGCCCUGGACAAGAGCAGAAAAGUACACAUGCGCCAAUGGAAGUCGCCAGAUGAGCGUAACAAGCUGGUCGCACUCGCCGCCGCCGACACCUUCGUUUGGCAAGCGCUGGCUUCGGUGGCGAUCCCUGGAUUUACCAUCAAUCGUCUCUGUCACUUUACAGGAAUGGCUCUGAAAAGGACUACCCGUUGGCCUCCUUCGGUUCAGAAGUGGACUACGACGCUGAUCGGAUUGGCUGCCAUCCCCUUCAUCGUCAAGCCCAUCGAUACGGCCGUCGAAGUCGGCAUGGACCGUACCAUCCGAACCCUCUACCCAACGCAUUCUCACGAA